CCUCACAAGUUGUCUAACCUUUUUGUUCUUUUUUCUUUCCCUAUUUUUUUUUUUUUACAUUAGAUGCAAAUGAAUUGGAAUAUAAAGGCAGUUUUGUUAUAAUAUCGAAUAAUUAAGAUAUACCGGGAAAAAUGUGUAAUAUAUAGUAGUGCACAAGUUUUUCGUGACAACUUAACUAUAGUUGAAACAAUUCAUGUACAUAUAUGCAUUCCGUAUAAGGUUGCACCAACUUACUAACAUUUAAAAACAAAAGUUAAAUAAGAAAUUAAAGGACCAUAACACAGCACUAAUAAUCUUAACAAGGAAAAAAUGAUAUUUUUACUCGAUUGAUAAUUAUACAUAAAUUUGUAACCGAACCCGGCUGUCUUGCAUUGAUAUGUCACUAGAAAUUUACCAGACAACUUUACCUACUGCGUUACGCCGACAGUUAAAUUUGUCAUUAUAUCAAUUUAUAUGGUAAGCCUGUUUGACUUGUUAGGACCUUGUCAAACAUAUCUCAAACGGAUUAUAAACUACUGAGUAUUGUCAUUGCUAAACUUUACAAAUUCUGCUGCUAUUGUAACACCAACAGAAUUAGUAGAUCUACAUCCUCGUUGGCCUAAAUAUAAUCUUGACCUGUUUCUUAACCAACUCACCUACCUUAAUAUUGUCUUUUGAAGUUUAAUAAUUCAUCGAAGGGUCUACAUGUUCCAGAUACAUGUACGCAACGUUUUGACGUUAUUUUGUUCGUGUAUAAAAGAAAUCCAAGAAGAAUUCCGAUUACAGUCAAAUUGAUUAUCGUCUCGUUUUGAGUUUGCUGUACCAUUUUCAUUAAUUUCGUAUCAAAGUUUUAGAUAAAUACAAUUAUUAGCUAUAUAAUCGCACCAUUAAUAUUUGAUUUAACACUGAAUAUGAUACAAUAUUUUCAUAAACUUUGAUGCAGAACAACGACAUCUGUAGAACUUUCAUUUUUGAUAGAUAGUCACUUAUUGUGUGUAUGAAACAUACUGAGUUAUUUCACUAGGUGAUAAUAGUUAGUUCACAAACGUCAAUGUUCGUGUUAAAUGCCUAUUAACUGCAAGGCAAGCUGGACACCGACACCAGCAAGACUAUCAAAUGUUUUGCCAUUAUUCUACAAUGCGCAGCAAGGUUGAUGUAUUCAGUAGGAGUAGGAGCUCUCAGGCGAGGAAAAGGCUCCCGCAUAGGCUGCCACAGAACACGGCUAGUUAUGUUUCAGCGAAAUGUAAAUGCGCUGUCGUACAUUCAUAUGUUCUCAAUCCUGUUUAUCUCUUAUGUUUAUAUGUCAUUACAGUAUCCUUGGUGAAUGUUUACUUCGAUCAGAUAAUUAGAUCCCUACUCUGACCUUUCAUUUGAAUAACAAUAGAUUUAACCACAAACAUUGACAUGUGCUCUUUUUUAACAAAUAUGUUGUGGUGAAAUUCUUAUUGUAUCCACUAAUCGUAAUAAACAUACCACGGAUUUUAUUAAUCAAAAUGAUAUAGCUUGCGUGAAAUGAUCUCUUUGCCCUGUUUAGACAUGGCUCAAACUGAAAAUUGCUGAGAUAGACCUGCACACCAGGUCAGUUGAGACUUACUAUAUUUUGAUUAUCUUUUUCAUAUUUUACUGUUUUAAGGGCCUCGGUUGAACUAUUUAUGGUUUUAAAUAUUUAUGUUUUUAACGUUUUUGAAUCUCAAUGGAGUUCCUAAAUUUUUUAUCAUUUCACUUAUAUUCACUUAGAUUUUAAAGGGACUCCACUAAGGUUUUUUUAACUUGACGAAACGGGAUACAAUUGUUCCAGUUUAAUGUUCCAUUUGAUGUAGUUCUGGAAGAAAAACGAGUUUCAAUUUGUUUCUGGGUAUAUUUCGUAAUUAUCCUUUGCAAAUGUUUAUAAGUCGCCCAUUUGAUCUAUGAACGAAAUUCAACCUUUAUGUUUUGGGCUUUUUAGACCUCAGUGGAGUUCCUUUAAUAUUUCCAUUAUCAUAAUUGAAGUAUUAAAAUACAUAAUUAAGCUAUUGUAAAUUAUCCCGUGCCUUAUCGUAGUCUAUCAAGGAAAGAUCCCACUGAAUAAAGUCAAUGUGUUGACAUUAAAAAACCCACAAAGAUCAAGGCGACUGUUAUCUAUGCAAAGGUUGUAUAUCUAGUUUUUGCUUACAUUUUGAACAUUGAAAGAUUGAUCGUUUAAUAUCCCUGUGUCAUUCUGGUAAUGUUUGUCUAAAUACGAAACACGCCGUCAACUACAACAUUGAAUGAGGGGAAUAAAAUGACAUUGGUUUCCGUGCAUAACAACUUAUUGUAUCUAGUGACAUAAGUGAACACUAAAAGUGUAAGUAUUAUCAAGGAGAGGGGAGAAUAACUUCCAUAACAAAUUAUAACAUAUCCUAAUAUAUCAAGUACUAUCAAUUAAGUAUGUGUGUGUAUGUAUGUAGAGGAGAGGAUGAAUCUUGAUCGACCAGGAAGAUUGUACCUUGUAUGUUAUGUUAAGUUAAUUAAUUAUCUCCAUUUGCUACAUGCUUUAUCUGUUUAACAAAAUAAAGAAUGCGGUUUUAAACAUCAAGAUGUGAUAUUGAUUACACCUGCAACAAUGCUAUCUGAUUUUCAUAAACAAAAAGCGCUAACAAAGUAUAAAUAAGUCAUUCCACUACAAAAAUAUUACCUGAAAACAAAGAAUAACCUCUAUGUAAACGGAAGUAAAUUGAAUAAAACGUUCUGAAACAAGAGACAAUUAGCUGUUAAACAUUUUAUAAGUAACGUCUUGCAAAUGAAUACAUUGGUUUACUUAUCAAUCGUUGGACUUUGGACUUCUGUGAAAUGGUAUGGACGCAUCUGGACCAAAUCAGUUCGUACACAAAACAUACAUUCAAGUCAGCACUGAAGAGGAUGACGAACGAUGUUGGAUCACAGGGAUGACAUCUCUUAAUUCCAACCAAUUAAUACUUGCAGACAGCAAAAACAUUUCACUUAAAUUGGUUGACCUGUCAAAGAAUAGUGUAAUUGACCAGUUAAAACUAGAUAAUUAUCCGUUAGAUGUAACAGCACUAGAUGAUGGUGAAUGUGCUGUAACAGUCCCAGUGGAACAAACAAUACACUUCAUAUCCGUAACCGAAGAAACACUGACUUUUUCUGAUGAGAAAUUACAAGUUGAAGGUGAUUGUCGGGGUUUAUAUUUUUAUGGAAAAAGACUUUUAGUCACGUAUGGCUGUCCCUCUAAGCUUCAGAUACUGGAACUGAAUGGAACGGUUCUGAAAACAGUUAUGAUUAACUCGAUGCAGUAUCUAAUAUUCAGUGAACCUUAUUAUGUAACCGCUACUAACAAUCACAUAAUUGUGUCUGAUCUAGGACAAAGUGAAAUUACAAGACUGAACUGGAAUGGAGAGGUUUUAGAGAGUUUCACGACUGACGGGUCACCGCAUGGUGUUGCCGUGAUAGAAAAUGGUUUUCUCUUCGUUGCUGGUUCACACAUCAAACAAUGUAAUAACCAAAAUGAAAUUGACAAUGUUGUUACAGAUUUGGAGUUUCCAUAUGCAAUUGUUUAUAGUGAAACAAACAGAUUUUUAUUCGUAAGUUUCCAUAAGGGUUAUAGCAAGAAUGAUAACUAUUUACAAGUACUUGAAAGGAUGUAAUACUCCACAUACAGAUUAAUUAUAAGAACUUCAUUAAUAUGUCAACAUAAACAUAUACGGAUGAUAAAUACUAUCGAGAUAUUUAUAAUUACCUUAUAU